CCUCCAAUUUUGCUUGCAGGCGGCAAAAACCGUUAUGUCAGACUUUUAGGAGAAAUCGCUCACAAAGUUUGUCUCAAAACCAGCCUUGCAUAAUUUUCUUCGACACAAAGCACUCGUACAGCUUCAACGUUUCGACAUCAACCAAUUCCUCAACAAUGGCGAAGAAAACUAAAGUUGUCAAGUCUAAGGUCUCAGUAAGCAGAAAGGCUGUUGCAGCAAAGCCCAAGUUGGUAGCGAAGCAGAAGAAAGCUGAUGCUGGAAAGCACAAAAAGGUGGCGAAGCGGAAGAAGGAUAAUUCCAAAUCGAUGAGCACUUCGUUCACGCGAAAAACCAUCACAUCUGGCGAAUUCGACAACAUUGAGUUCACACAUGUGAUAGUAGGCGGAAAACAGGCUGGUCUGUUUGGCUUCUUAAAGCCCCCAAAUGCAAUGAUCAAGGACAAGGCUAUAUUUGUUGCUACCGUGAACAUCCGAAAGAAAGUUCUGUACAAGCCCUAUGAGAUUGAUGUCGAUCGGAGCCUCGUGCGGGAGCUUGACUGCUAUGAGAUUGUGGGACUCAGCAACAAAAUCAACCAAACGGCCGAAGACGACGGAGAUACAGAACUCCAAAAACACGAACAGGGAAAGUGGUCUUGCAACAAGUGCCAUUCACUCGUGAGCAACGAGAAUGGCUACUGCCCGAUCAUCGUCAACGGAGAAAUCUGCAUGGGCACAAAGUCAAUGCCAACGGGUGGUCCGAUUGGAUGGGCAGGAUGCUUUGGUCAUGUCAAAGAACCAGUUUAUGCCGCUGGAUUGGUUGUAUGCGUUAACUGUUCGGCAAAGAAUGGAGUGGGCAGUGCUGUGUGCGUGGCAUGCAAACAAAACCCGGUUGAGAAAGCAGCUGGGAAGCCCAACACACUUGGUGGGGCACCCGUCGUGGCCGCGGUGGAGCCAAGCGUUGGGUCCAGCACAGGCCAGCAGACAAGUGCCACCUUUAUUUUUGGUGGUACGCCCGUCACAAUUGGAGGCGUCGCCCCCAGCGCUGGUUCCUAGAGUGGCACAGCUUGAAUGAAAUUGGGAGGCGCAGCUCCUCAUUCAGCAAUCACAGGUCAAAAUCGACUCGCCACACGACCACACGACAUUCAUUUCGAAAAGAAUCCUCGUUCAAAGAGAAAGCGGCCACCUACAUCAAUAGGAUUCAAAGAGAACAAAUAAAUAACGCGAAAACAUUGUUUACUUA